AUGUUAAAAACAUUGAGGAGAAGCGGCGUAAAGUUUGAGUCAAACAUGGAGAAAGCCCUGGAUGAAAAAAGUAAACUACUUUCCAACUUUUAUGUCACUGAAUUAUUAGACUUUCAAGAAAAGGAAAAAGAUAAUGACUAUGCUACAGUGAAGAGACACUUGGUAUAUAUUGAAGAUAUUACAACAUUUCUGGAUUUUGUAAUGAAAUAUCGAGGGCAUGUUCUACAAAACACAUUUGUAAAGGUUGGAAUAGAUUCAGGUGGAGGAUCACUGAAAGUUAUAGUAAAACUGUUUGAUCCAACCAAGGACAGGACAGAAGAUAGCAGCUCCUUAGGAUCAUACUCAGGAGCAAAUACGUCACUUGUUUUAGCUUAUUGUGAAAGGGUAAGUGAGAAUCAUUCUAACAUGACAAUGAUUGUGGAAAAAUUAAAAUUGCAUGAAUGCAAGUACUCAUUGGCUUCUGACAUGAAGUUAAUCAACAUAUUGCUAGGAAUUUCGGCUCAUGGAGGAAAGUAUGCUUGUGCAUGGUGUGAAGGUUCUUCAGAAUUAUUUUCUGGAGAGUUAAGAACAUUUCAAUCUUUGAAUAAUUACUAUGAACUGUAUUCAUCUGCAGGAUCUCCGGUGAAAAGAAUGAAAGAAUAUAAGAAUGUCAUUAAUCCUUGUCUGCUUAAGAUAGAAGACAAAUCUCUAAGUAUAAUAAGAGAGAUUCCAUUACCAGAACUUCACCUUCUGAUGGGAUUUGUUAACCAUGUGGCAGAAUUUAUAAUGCAACUUUGGCCUGGAUUUAUAGAUUGGGUCAAGAGCAUUGGAUGCCUUCGAAAAGGUUUCCAUGGAGGAACAUUUGAAGGAAACACGUGUAGAGAGAUACUUAAAAGUUGCGACAAACUUGAGUUGAUAAUUCCUGUUGAACUGUAUCCUCUUUUAGAAACAAUGAGAAAAUUUAAUAAGGUUGUUCAUGGUGUCUUUAGCUAUAAACUUGACCCAAACUAUUCAAUUUUAAUUGAAAGUUUUACACAAAGCUAUAAGGAUGCACAAGACUAUUGCAGAGAGUUUUUAGGUAAACAGCUCACGGUUACUUGGAAAGUACAUGCUGUAACAGCACAUCUGGAAACAUUUGUUGAUUUGAGUGGCCUUUCCCUUGGGCAGUUUAAUGAGCAGACAUCUGAAUCUUGCCAUUACAAGAUGAAAAGUGUAAUAAACAGGUUUGGAGUCUCGCAGUACAGCAACAAACAUAAAGAAAGAAGCAAAAGAAUUGCUGAAGUGUUCAGUUCAAAUAAUUUAUAAGUUAUUGAACAUUAAUUGUACAUCAAAACAUAAACAUUAUUGAAAUCUUAAAGUUAAAAAAAUUUGUAAAUUUAUUCAAAAAGAC